AUGGGAUCCAUCGGAGUAUGCUACGGAAGGUUGGGCAGCAAACUCCCCCCGCCCGCUGAGGUAAUCCAGCACUAUCAGUCGCUUAACAUUCGAAAGAUGAGAAUCUACGACCCGAACGUGGAGGUUCUACGGGAACUCAAAGGAUCCAACAUCGAGCUCCUCCUCGACUGCCCGGCACCUCUCAAGACCAUCGCUGAGAACCCUUGGGCUGCCCAAGGUUGGGUCAGGAAUGUUGUACUGGCCCACUGGCCGGAUGUCCGUAUCCGGUACAUCGCCGUGGGAAACGAGGUGAUCCUCACAAGAGGGGAAGCGGAAUACAUUCUCCCUGCGAUGCAGAACAUCUAUAUAGCCCUCACGGCGGCCGGCCUACAGGACAAGAUCAAAGUGUCUACCUCUGUACAGUAUAACGUCCUCGGGGCUUCGUUUCCACCUUCGGCGGGUGAAUUCUCAUCGGAGGUUAAGUCAGUGAUGGUGCCGAUAGCAGCUUUCUUGGCCAUUACGAAUGCGCCACUGCUCGUCAACAUCUAUCCUUACUUCAGUUACGCAGGGAAUCCAGAAGAAGUCGACCUCUCGUACUCCUUGUUCACGUCGCCGGAGCCGGUCGUCUACGACCCCGAUAGUGACCUCGAGUAUCAAAACUUGUUCGACGCCAUGGUCGACGCUGCGCACGCAGCACUGGAGAAUGUCGGAGCCGGAGGUGUAGAGAUCGUCGUCUCUGAGAGCGGGUGGCCUUCAGCUGGCCAUUCUGCUGCGACCGUAGAAAAUGCCCGCAUUUACAACUCAAACUUGAUCCAACACGUCGGGAAGGGUACGCCCAAGAUACCUGGGAAGGAAGUGGAGACAUACAUCUUCUCACUGUUCAACGAAGACCAGAAGAAGCCCCCGGGGAUUGAAAACAACUGGGGGUUGUUCUACCCAGAUAAACGGCCUGUGUAUCCCAUCAAGUUCUAG